ACCUUUGCUCAUGGCGGCGGCGGCGGCGGCGGCGGUGGCGGCUGUGCUGGUGGCAUUCGGCGGCCGGAGCCGGAUCCUGUAGCCGGGUGUGGGCCCGCGUCGGUCCGUCCCUCCUUCGGCCCCCUCUCUUGUCUUCCGGAGUGUGGCUGACGGAGCCGGGAUGGCGGAACGAGGCCUGGAGCCGUCGCCGGCCGCGGUGGCGGCGCUGCCGCCUGAAGUGCGAGCGCAGCUGGCAGAGCUGGAGCUGGAGCUCUCGGAGGGGGACAUCACCCAGAAGGGCUAUGAAAAGAAAAGAUCCAAACUCCUGUCUCCUUACAGCCCGCAGACACAAGAAACUGAUUCAGCAGUACAGAAAGAACUUAGAAACCAGACACCUGCUCCAUCUGCAGCUCAAACUUCUGCUCCCUCUAAGUACCACCGAACUCGAUCCGGAGGAGCCAGGGAUGAACGAUAUCGAUCAGAUAUCCACACAGAAGCAGUUCAGGCCGCGCUGGCAAAGCAUAAAGAACAGAAGAUGGCUUUGCCCAUGCCAACCAAAAGACGAUCCACAUUUGUUCAGUCUCCUGCAGAUGCCUGCACGCCUCCUGACACAUCUUCGGCCUCUGAGGAUGAGGGCUCUCUGAGACGCCAAGCUGCGCUCUCUGCUGCCUUGCAACAGAGCUUACAGAAUGCUGAGUCCUGGAUCAACCGUUCAAUUCAGGGAUCGUCCACUUCUUCAUCCGCAUCUUCUACGCUGUCCCACGGAGAGGUCAAAGGAACCAGUGGGUCUCUAGCUGAUGUAUUUGCCAAUACUCGAAUAGAGAAUUUCUCUGCUCCUCCUGAUGUUACUACAACUACCUCUUCCUCCUCCUCAUCCUCAUCCAUACGCCCAGCAAACAUUGACCUGCCCCCCUCGGGGAUAGUUAAAGGCAUGCACAAAGGAUCCAACAGGUCCAGCCUUAUGGAUACAGCUGACGGUGUUCCUGUCAGUAGCAGAGUAUCCACAAAAAUCCAGCAGCUUCUCAACACUCUGAAACGACCCAAAAGGCCUCCCUUAAAGGAAUUUUUUGUGGAUGACUCUGAAGAAAUUGUGGAAGUACCUCAGCCAGACCCCAACCAGCCCAAGCCGGAGGGACGGCAAAUGACCCCUGUGAAAGGAGAGCCUUUAGGAGUCAUCUGUAACUGGCCUCCUGCUCUUGAAUCUGCCCUGCAGCGCUGGGGUACUACUCAAGCAAAAUGCUCCUGUCUGACUGCACUGGACAUGACAGGGAAACCAGUUUACACUCUUACAUAUGGAAAGUUGUGGAGCAGAAGUUUAAAGUUGGCCUACACACUUCUUAAUAAACUGGGGACCAAAAAUGAACCUGUGUUAAAACCUGGAGACAGGGUAGCCCUGGUUUACCCCAACAAUGAUCCAGUCAUGUUUAUGGUGGCUUUUUAUGGAUGCCUCCUGGCAGAAGUGAUUCCAGUGCCUAUAGAGGUACCUCUUACCAGAAAGGAUGCUGGAGGUCAGCAGAUUGGCUUCUUGCUAGGAAGCUGUGGUAUUGCCUUAGCUCUUACCAGUGAAGUUUGUCUAAAAGGACUGCCAAAAACCCAGAAUGGAGAAAUUGUACAGUUUAAAGGUUGGCCCCGGCUCAAAUGGGUUGUAACAGAUUCCAAGUACCUUUCAAAGCCACCAAAAGACUGGCAGCCACACAUCUCACCUGCUGGGACAGAACCGGCUUACAUUGAGUAUAAAACAAGCAAAGAAGGGAGUGUAAUGGGAGUUACAGUGUCCCGGCUUUCAAUGUUGUCUCACUGCCAAGCUCUGUCGCAGGCCUGCAAUUAUUCUGAAGGGGAAACAAUAGUAAAUGUCUUAGACUUUAAGAAGGAUGCUGGGCUGUGGCACGGCAUGUUUGCGAAUGUAAUGAAUAAGAUGCACACCGUUAGUGUACCCUACUCUGUCAUGAAAACCUGUCCUCUCUCUUGGGUCCAAAGAGUACAUGCUCACAAAGCCAAGGUAGCUUUAGUAAAAUGUCGAGACUUGCACUGGGCUAUGAUGGCACAUCGGGACCAAAGAGAUGUGAGCUUGAGUUCCCUCCGAAUGUUAAUUGUGACUGAUGGAGCUAACCCCUGGUCUGUGUCAUCCUGUGAUGCCUUUCUGAGCCUGUUCCAAAGCCAUGGACUGAAGCCUGAGGCCAUCUGUCCGUGUGCCACGUCUGCUGAAGCCAUGACUGUAGCAAUCCGCAGACCUGGAGUUCCAGGAGCCCCUUUGCCAGGAAGAGCCAUUCUCUCAAUGAAUGGAUUGAGCUAUGGAGUAAUACGGGUCAAUACUGAAGAUAAAAAUUCAGCACUGACGGUCCAGGAUGUGGGGCAUGUAAUGCCUGGUGGGAUGAUGUGUAUUGUGAAACCAGAUGGACCUCCCCAGCUCUGCAAAACAGAUGAAAUUGGAGAAAUCUGUGUUAGCUCCAGAACUGGAGGCAUGAUGUACUUCGGGCUUGCUGGUGUGACAAAAAAUACAUUUGAGGUAAUUCCAGUGAAUUCUGCAGGCUCUCCUGUUGGGGAUGUUCCAUUCAUCCGAUCAGGAUUGCUGGGAUUUGUAGGGCCGGGUAGUUUGGUGUUCGUAGUUGGGAAAAUGGAUGGCUUACUGAUGGUUAGUGGUCGAAGACAUAAUGCUGAUGACAUUGUUGCUACUGGAUUGGCUGUAGAGUCAAUAAAGACUGUCUAUAGAGGAAGAAUUGCUGUGUUUUCUGUGUCUGUAUUUUAUGAUGAGCGCAUUGUGGUGGUUGCGGAACAAAGACCAGAUGCUUCCGAGGAAGAUAGUUUCCAGUGGAUGAGCCGAGUGCUGCAGGCAAUCGAUAGCAUUCAUCAAGUGGGGGUUUAUUGUCUUGCUCUGGUGCCGGCCAAUACGUUGCCAAAAACUCCGCUAGGAGGAAUCCAUAUAUCGCAGACGAAACAACUCUUUCUGGAGGGAUCGCUGCAUCCUUGCAAUAUCCUCAUGUGCCCACAUACAUGCGUGACAAAUUUGCCAAAGCCCCGGCAAAAGCAACCAGGUGUAGGCCCUGCUUCCGUGAUGGUUGGGAAUCUGGUUGCUGGAAAACGCAUAGCACAAGCUGCUGGAAGGGAUCUGGGACAAAUAGAAGAAAAUGAUUUGGUGAGGAAGCACCAGUUUCUGGCAGAGAUCUUACAGUGGCGAGCCCAGGCGACUCCUGACCAUGUACUCUUCAUGCUGUUAAAUGCCAAGGGAACUACUGUAUGCACAGCCAGCUGCCUUCAACUUCAUAAGCGAGCAGAGAGGAUUGCAUCUGUUCUUGGUGAUAAGGGACAUCUAAAUGCAGGCGAUAAUGUGGUGUUGCUCUAUCCACCUGGCAUUGAGUUAAUUGCUGCCUUCUAUGGCUGCUUGUAUGCGGGCUGUAUACCUGUGACUGUCAGACCUCCACAUGCUCAGAACCUCACGGCCACGCUGCCCACUGUCAGAAUGAUUGUUGAUGUCAGCAAAGCAGCCUGUAUUCUCACCAGUCAGACCCUAAUGAGACUACUGAGGUCACGAGAGGCAGCAGCAGCUGUGGAUGUGAAAACCUGGCCAACCAUCAUUGACACAGAUGAUUUACCCAGGAAAAGGUUACCUCAGCUGUAUAAACCACCCACUCCUGAGAUGUUAGCGUAUCUUGAUUUUAGUGUCUCCACAACUGGCAUGCUUACAGGAGUGAAGAAUGAGAAAAUUUACCAGCAGAUAGUGAUUUUAAUGGGAUGCCUUGGCCGUUUCUUCUUUUCUGAAAGCUGCUUUCUCUGUGUGCCUGAGGUGAGAACACAAAAUUGCUUGGCUUUUCCUGACCAAGGAGCUAGAACAGUGGCCCUGCCUGUUCGGUGCUUUUAUGAUCCUACUGACUUCGCUCCCAUUGGUGUCUUAUGCAACGGUGUCUUGCAGACCAGAGGGAUCAACCUCUCCUGUGUCCGGACCUGUGUGGUGGUGGCAGAGGAGCGGCCCCGCGUUGCACUCCAGCAGUCCUUCUCCAAGCUCUUCAAAGACAUCGGGCUGUCCCCGCGGGCUGUCAGCACCACUUUUGGAUCAAGAGUCAAUGUAGCAAUAUGUUUACAGGGAACCUCAGGGCCUGAUCCAACUACUGUGUAUGUGGAUCUGAAAUCGCUAAGACAUGACAGGGUUCGUCUUGUGGAACGUGGCGCCCCCCAGAGUUUGCUCCUCUCAGAGUCUGGAAAGAUUUUACCUGGAGUGAAAGUGGUCAUUGUUAAUCCUGAGACCAAAGGGCCAGUUGGAGACUCUCACCUUGGAGAGAUUUGGGUGAACAGUCCCCAUACAGCCAGCGGCUACUAUACCAUCUAUGAUAGUGAGACUCUUCAAGCUGAUCAUUUCAACACUCGCCUCAGCUUUGGAGAUGCUGCUCAGACCCUCUGGGCUCGGACAGGAUACCUUGGUUUCGUCCGCCGGACCGAGCUCACAGCGGCCACUGGAGAGCGUCAUGAUGCAUUGUAUGUGGUGGGAGCACUGGAUGAAACGCUGGAGCUGAGAGGAUUACGAUACCAUCCGAUCGAUAUUGAGACCUCAGUGUCCCGGAUCCACAGAAGCAUUGCUGAAUGUGCCGUGUUCACAUGGACCAACUUGCUUGUGGUGGUUGUGGAACUGUGCGGCUCUGAACAGGAAGCCCUAGAUCUGGUCCCAUUAGUGACCAACGUGGUCCUGGAAGAGCAUUACCUCAUCGUUGGCGUCGUGGUUGUGGUGGACCCAGGUGUCAUCCCGAUCAACUCCAGAGGAGAGAAGCAGAGGAUGCACCUCCGUGAUAGCUUCCUAGCUGACCAGUUAGACCCCAUCUAUGUAGCUUAUAACAUGUAACAAGCCUUGCGGGGACUGCAAGGGGCCGUUCUGAAGAAUUGCAAAGACAGAAGACCUGUGGCUAGGAGCAGGCUUUCAAACGAUGUGAAAUAAGCUGAGAUGGCUACAUGAUAUUCUUCAUCUCAUCCUGUGGGAUUCUGCAAUCAUAAAACACACAGGAAAGGGGAAUUCUGUGAUGGCAAAUGAAAAAAAUGUUAACAGUUUGGUAGACAUGUGCUUUGACAUGGCGUGAGCAGCACGUUACUAAAGCAAUUACAUGCAUGUUGCAUUUUUUUCAUCUGUUGUACAUACUUGUAUUUUUAUCUAAUACCGUUUUAGAAUUUUGUAAGGGAAUUAAUGAAUUCACAUCAAAGGGGUAGUCUGAGUGAUACAGUUCCCCACUCUGUACUGUAUUUUGCCAUUUUGCUGUAGCUAGAUGUUCUGUGGGGUUUGUUAACAUGGAACUACUCAGCUUUCUUUCAGUCACCCAUAAGCAAAUUAGAUAACCCACUGAAUAUAAGAAUUACGUUAUAUAUAUAAUUCUUGACUGUAAAACAUUUUGACCAGUGUUUUAAAACAUGUAAAUAAGAAUACACAUAAUUCAGCUAGAAAUUUGAAGAAUUGGCUUGUAUAGUUACAACAACCACAGUAGAAACAUUUCAACUUUGAGAGAAUUUCAAUAUUCUCUUAAUGUUGUGUAAUUGAUUAGGUAAC